AAUGAACAGUGACGUAAUAAUAACAUGAACCAUCACAACCAAACAAAAGGCGUAAAGAUUUUCAAAAUGGACGUAAUUCUUGAUUUUGGAGAAGAAGCUGUGCGGGAUGUUGAAACAAAGUUGAAAAUUUUGAAGUUUGACUACAGUUGGGCUCAGGCCAUGGAUGAGGAGGACAGAAGACAAGAGAUUCUCAAAAAAGGUGAAAUUUUGGAUUUUGGCGACGAAGCUGUGCGGGAUGUGGAGACAAAGUUAAAGAUACUUAAAUUUGAUUACGACUGGGCCGCAGCCAUGGAAGAAGAAGAUAGAAGACAAGAGGAGGAAAAGGAAAAACAAGAUCUGAUUAAAAGAACCCUAGAGCAAGAACAGGAAAAAAUCAAAGAAAAGCAAAACCAUGAAGAAAUACUAGGAAAAGUCCACAAAGAGCUACAGACAAAAAUGCAACAGAAAAUGCAGCAUCAACAAAUUGUGAAAAAAAUGCAAGAGGAACUACUGACAAAAUUCAAAGAAAGAGAGACACAAGAACAGAAAAUGAAAGAUCUCCAUAAAGAGCUAUUGGCAAAAGUAAAAGAAAAGACAGAAUUGAAACAGAUGUUAUCUAAACUUCACAAAGAACUGCUGGCAAAAGUAACUGAAAAGAGAGAAUUAAAACAAAUGGUGUCUAACCUUCACAAAGAACUGCUGAGUUACCAGUCAAAUAAAGAAGGAGAAAAACAACAUUUUGUCCCAAGGAAACUGUUUUUGUUCCAUAUUGAGACUUUCAAGACUCCCUUUAAGGGGGAACUGAAAGAAGACAAGGAGACAGGGCAUUGUGAACUGGAUAUCAGAAAUGACCGCAUGAUGCCGCAUACUAGUAUCAGUGAGAGCAGGACAGCAGUUCAUACACAGAAGGCAACAGGAGGAAAGAAGACACUGAGAUUUCGAUUAAGAAAGUUAUUUGGUCUUAAGUAAAUUGACAACCA